AUGAAGUUCGAAUAUGCACCAGAUGAAGUGCCUUCAAAGGUCGUCAAUGUUCUGAAACGGUUUUCUUUGCAUCAGAGUAAACAUGGCCAAGAAGUUGGGAAGGUGUUCGAUUCUGUGACGGACAAGUUGAAGGUUGAUAUAGCAGCCAACCAACCAAUUACUAUGGUUCUGCCUGCAUUUCCUUGGAAAAAUCCCAACCAGGACAAAGUACUGGGUGAUGGAGCUGACUUGGGAGACGAAUUGGGUCUGGCUAGGUUGAAUCACCUGUGCGAGGAGAUAUCAACAGUCUAUCCCUAUGGUGCCCGUCUGAUCCUCAUCUGUGACGGGCCUGUGUAUAACGACUUGGUUGGUGUUCCUGUCAGUGAUUAUUACGACUAUGGCAUUCAGCUGCGAGACAUAGCCCAUGACAACCGCUUUUCUUCGAUCCAUUUCAUACGGCUGAUGGAUCUGUUGGGACUGGGCGAUGGCGAGAAGGUCUCCAAGAGUGAUUACCUGCGUCUCGUUCCCAUCUGCCGCGAGAGGCUGAUGUCAGCCCCCUUCUUUGAUCCCACAUUCGAUAUAGACAAGGAGCUGAAGAUCAAUCCGGAUACAAAGACAACCUAUGAGAGCUACUUGAGUCGGAUCUCGGAGGAUUUGAAAUGGGCCAAGGGGUUGGAUCCUGCUGUGGUAUCUGAUCCAGUGCUAUACGCGACGGAGGUGUCUAAGAUGGCCAAGACCAUGAUCAAUCGACUUAUUGCAUACGAGGCUGUCAUUAGCGCCACACUUGGGAAACAUGUUCGAUUGUCAAUUCAUCCUUCUGUAGGACGAAACAAGAUUUCUAUUCCGCUAUUAUGCCAAGGAGACCUGUUUGGUGAUAUGCCUUGGCACGCCAGUGUCGCGGUACUGUCGAAUGGGGAAAUUGUGACAGGGCAUGCCCGAGAGUUUCGCAAGCUAUAUGAGGUGGUCAUGAAGUAUGAUAGACCGUACUACUUUCGAGAGCGGUCCCCGAUCUACGAGUGGUCUGCAGAUGUGAUAUUCCAACACGAUUACGCUGGGCUGAUCGUAAAGAAUCCUCACCAGAGACCUCAAGUGCUUGGACGGGACGAUCGCUUAAAGCUGGCUCGUUUGAUCGUUUCUCAGAAAAAGUCGGUCCGGGUGGAAGGGUUUGAGGCACCAAAUGAUGCAUGA